CACAUGUGAGUUUGUGCUCAUGUUGCCAAGCAGGGCCUAUUUUUAGUGCAGGAAUGUACACAGAGGCCUCGUGGCAAGAGAUCAUAACAACAAGCAACAUGUGGCGCGCUCCUACAAAGAGAGACGGCCCCCUUUGGAUCAUAGAGUCACACAGCAGCAACACCAGAGAAAAGAGGGAGGAAGUGCAAGAAAAUGUCAAGGAUUCAUUUUUUCUGCUGAGUGCUUGUGGCCAACACGUUGCGAGACCCUCCAGAAAGCAUAUAGAGACGGAAAAAGAAUGGACCGAUCAGCAUUGGACGUGUUCCACUACAAAGACAAAGAGCAGUCAUCCAACCUUCUCCUGCAGCUCAACAGCCUGAGACAGGAUAAGCUUCUGACAGACGUCCUACUCUGCUCCGAAAACAUUGAGUUCCCUUGCCACCGCAAUGUCCUGGUGUCCAGCAGCCCUUACUUCAGGGCAAUGUUCUGCAACAACUUUGUGGAAAGGCAGCAGCACCGGAUCAACCUCAAGGGUCUCACGUCUGCUGUCCUGAGCGGAAUCAUCGACUACGUCUACACCGGGCUGGCCUGUAUCAGCAUUGAUAACGUGCUGCCUAUCAUGCAGGCAGCCUCCAUGCUGCAGUACGGCCGGCUUUUUGAGGCCUGCUCCAGUUUUUUACAACAGCAGCUGAGCCCUGAGAACUGCUUGAGCAUGGUAAGGCUUUCCGAUAUCUUGAACUGCAACACUUUGAGACACAAGGCAAAGGAGAUGGCCGUGAAGAGUUUCUCCGACGUGUCUGUUUUGGAGGAUCUGCGCGAGCUGUCUUUACCAGAGCUUAUGGGCUACCUGGAAGAUGACAGCCUUUGUGCGGAGGAGGAGCAGGUCUUUGAGACUCUUGUAGCUUGGAUCCACUAUGAUCCUUUAUCCAGACGUGGCGCCAUCAGUGACCUUUUCAAGAAAGUGCGUCUCCGCUACAUCCACCCCACCUACUUGUUCCAAUUCAUUGCCAAUGACCCUCUGAUUCAGUCCUCUACCCUCUGUGUUGAAAUCAUCGAUUCGGUGCGACGCCUCAUGUUCUCUGUCAGCACAAAAUACGUGGGUGACUUUGCGGGUGACUUGAAGCCUGUUUGGGUUGCACCGAGGCGCUGCACCUACCGUGACACUCUUGUUGUGGUGGGAGGGAGGAAAAACAACGAGCAGACCUCAAGGGACACUAUAGUAUUUGAUGAGAAGAGCCACAAGUGGCAGUGUUUGUCCAAGCUGCCUGUCCGACUGUACAAAGCUUCCUACGUGGCUCUGCACAGUGUGGUGUAUGUUAUCGGAGGCCUGAUCACCAACACAAAACACAGCCAAGUCAGCAAAACUGUCUAUACCCUAUCUCUCAAAACCAACCAGUGGCGGGUGGCCGAGCCCAUGCUGGAGCCACGUUUCGCCCACCAGAGUGUCUCCUAUCUCCACUUCAUCUUCGUCCUGGGGGGACUCGGGUCUGAUAGACGGCUGGCCGACAGCGUGGAAAGAUAUAACAGCAUGUUCAACCAAUGGGAGUCAAUGGCCCCCAUGCCCGAAGUUGUUCUGCACCCUGCAGUGGCCGCCACCAACCAGAGGAUCUACAUGUUUGGUGGGGAAGACGCCAAGCACAACCCGGUCCGAAUCAUUCAGGUGUAUCACAUUGCCAGGAACAUGUGGUGUAAGAUGGAGAACAGAACAGUAAAGAACGUGUCAGCUCCUGCUGUUGUGAUGGAUGAAAACAUCUAUGUUAUUGGAGGAUACACCAGGAGAAUGAUUGCGUACGAUAGCAAGGCCAACCGCUUCAUCAAGUGUGCCAGCCUGAAGGAGAGGAGGAUGCACCAUUCUGCUACGGUUCUCAACAACAAACUUUACAUCACUGGAGGGCGCUACAUCAAUGGCCACGAUGUUAUUGAGGACUCAGACAAUUUUGAGUGUUACGACCCAAAGACAGACACUUGGACAUCCGAGGGGACUCUACCAUACAAACUCUUCGACCACGGCUCUCUUACUGUGACGUGUGUCUCACAGACAUUGGAUCACUCAUAGUAACAGCUAUUUGAAUGUCAACAGUUGAUUUAAUGUAGAAAUGAACUAAUAUUAGGGUGUGUGUGUGUUUUCCAUUUCAAUUUUGAGCGCCUAUCCCAGCUGAACUGGACUGGUCACUUUUUAACUCAUAUAAAACACAUUUUGAAACAAACAUUCACACUCAAUUCACCCUUCUUGACAAUUAUUCCAAUGGGAGAAAACUAGUAUACCUAAAGUACAGUGGGGCAAACAAGUAUUUAGUCAGCCACCCAUUUUGCAAGUUCUCCCACUUAAAAAGAUGACAGAGGGCUGUAAUUUUCAUCAUAAGUACACUUCAACUGUGAGAGACAGAUUAUGAAAAAAAUCCAGGAAUUCACAUUGUAGGAAUUUUAAAUAAUUUAUUUGUAAAUUAUGGUGGAAAAUAAGUAUUUGGUCAACCAUUCAAAGCUCUCACAGAUGGAAGGAGGUCUUGGCUCAAUAUCUCACGAUACAGUACAUGGCCCCAUUCAUUCAAUCGUCCUGUCCCCUCGUUGUGUUUGGAGGAAGAAGAAUACUGAGUUGCAUCCCAAGAACAUCAUGCCUACUGUAAAGCAUGGGGGUGGAAACAUCAUGCUUUAGGGCUGUUUUCCUGCUAAGGGGACAGGACGAUUGAUCCGUGUUAAGGAAAGAAUGAAUGGAGCCAUGUAUCAUGAGAUUUUGAGCCAAAACCUCCGUCCAUCAGUGAGAGCUUUCAAUGGUUGACCAAAUACUUAUUUUCCACCAUAAUUUACAAAUGAAAUUAUAAAAUUCCUACAAUGUGAAUUCCUGGAUUUCUUUUUUCACAUUCUGUCAUCAUUUUAAGUGGGAGAACUUGCACAAUCGGUGGCUGACUAAAUACUUUUUUGCCCUACUGUAAGUGGCGGCUCUGAUAUCAACUCGCUCUGGGCGAAACUAGUCUUUUGAUACCCCCUAGAGAAUGCCACUCUGAGUAAUAAAUGCCCAUUUGGACUAAUGCAAGACUUUCACUUUCAAGACACACACACACACACACAAUGAAAACAAACGCCCCAGUUUGAGAAACUAUCAUUUUGUUUUGAAGCAUCAUUUUUUAACUAUCUUCACAUGUACGCAACGUUAAUGUAUACAAUCAUAUUUUGUUAUAUGUAAGAGAUGAUAAACAUGUAAAAUAUUUUUAAGGUUGUACACAUUUGUUUUUACUGUAUCCCAGUCUGAUUUGACAAAGACUACGUUUUCACCCUCAAGAAGUAGGGAUGUAACAAUAUGAAAAUGUCAUAUUCCGGUUAUCGUGACCAAAAUGAUCCAUCCAUUUUCUACCGCUUGUCCCUUUUCGGGUCGCGGGGGGUUGCUGGAGCCUAUCUUACCUGCAUUCGGGCGGAAGGCGGGUAAUGAUCAGUUAUCAUUAUUAUCGCAGUAUUGUUGAAUGUGCUCAGAAAGUACUUAUACACACACUGAAAUCUUUUAACCAAGUUAUUUUUUUAACCAUUAUAAAACCCACUAUUUUGUGUUUCUUAUGCUUCGCUGAUACUGUUUUAGUCUUAGUAUUUUAUCUGUUUUAAUUUCUAAAUGUUAAAUAUUUUAAAUAUUGGUUUGUACUGUAGCACUUUAAUAUUUAUUUAAAUAAAAAGUGAGCAACAAAAGGAAAUAUAUUGUUAUUAUUCCUGCUCAGCAAUUUUUGAAUGCCCCUGUAAAAACACCUCCAUCUCGUAUUCCUCAGAAUAUAGCACAAUCACUCUUACACUCGAUCAUUGUUCUAAGAGAGCACAGUUUGCAGGUUCAACAUGCACGAAUGAGUAGCUUUGUUUCUCAGAUAGCAAUUUGUUUACAUAAGUUUAGAUUGGGGUGUAUUGUUUAUUAAUUGGGAAAUACAUGUUUUUCUCUUGUUCUUAUGUUAGCAAGCUGGUGCCAGUCAGACCAUGAGUUUAUAAAAGUGCAGCUAUCAAUCUUUUCACUAUUUGUUUUAUUUUGAGUAGUAAAAUUUAAUAGUUCUUGUUAUAUUGCUUGAUAAAAUGAUUUUACUUGUACACUAUAUGUAGCAAAAUUGGCCCUAGUGUGUGAAUGUGAGUGUGAAUGUUGUCUGUCUAUCUGUGUUGGCCCUGCGAUGAGGUGGCGACUUGUCCAGGGUGUACCCCGCCAACCGCCCGAUUGUAGCUGAGAUAGGCACCAGCGCCCCCCACGACCCCAAAGGGAAUAAGCGGUAGAAAAUGGAUGGAUUGAUGGACUAUAUGUAGCAGGUUGGACCUUUUCGUACAGAUGUUUUUUGUUUUUUUUACUUUUACUUUAAUAAUAAAAAGGAUGAAAACUAUAUCUUUAUGUAUGCAAC